AUGAGCCUCAUUCACUGUUGCGACAUAACCAGUCUGCACUGGAGCAAUAAUACUCUGCAAAAGUACGUCCGUCUGUUUGUUUGCCCCUGUUUGACUUUUAUUCUGCUGGCUUCUGUUGAAUCUGACUUUCGCGAGUUAUUGCGCCGCCGAAAAGCGCGUCUUCAACGUCACCACCACCAUCGUCAGGGUGAUGUGACGGAGAAGGAGCAGCUCAGCGAGUCUCUCCUCUGGUCUCAUCCAAUAUGGCUGCGUGUUCUCCGUGGUCUCGACAGUGCUCUCAUCGCCCUGAACAUAAUCGCAGGACCGGAUGUACCGAGACCCCUAAUGAUGGAAGACCUUAUCGAGUCCAUCUGCGCCAUUGUACAUUUUCACCUAUCGCGUCUAAUUGCCUGGUCAAAUGGUGAGUUUUGA